GCCAGAGGGCGGAGCCGCGGGCCAGGCGGGCAGGUGCGCGCAGGCCGGAGGGCGGAGCCGCGAUGCCGCGAUGGAGCGCAGCCCGGGCGGGCGCCGGGGCCGGGGCCCGAGCACCAGGCGGAGCGCGAGCAGGAGCCGCAGCCAGAGCCCGGACCAGGCCGGGGUCCGGGACCGCCGGGCCGGGCUGCUCGUAGCGGCGGCGACGGAGCCCCCCAGCGGCUGAGGGGCUUCCUCCCAGCUCCUGCGGUGGCCGGGACUCAGCAAGCCCCCGCAGCCGGGGAGCGUGGGGAUCCCCCCACCACAUCCAGGACCCAGAGACCCUUAGGAAAGCGGGUGGCCCCUCCAGAUCCAACACAGAGCGAUUCCCCAGCGGGGGAAAGCGGAGACUACCUCCGUAUUCAGAAGACAGCGACCUCCCUGCGGUUCCGCGAAGACACCCCCUCUUCAGUCUGGGCCCCCACAAGACCUAGAACGCAGUGACCCCCCUGUCCGGGAUUGUGGGGACCCCUUCUCAAGAUCCUGGCCAUUACAACUCCACACCUCAAGACACGAAGACCCAGCUCAGAACGCCCCUAGAUCAGGGGUCUUAGACCUCCCCCCCUCCCCGAUUCCGGCUCACAGAAACCCCAAAUCUAGGGACCCGAGGACAGCAAGAGCUAUCCCUCACCAGCAAGAGGCCUCGGGGACCCCCCCCCUCGAAGCUCCAGGACUGGGGUGACUGAGCCCCUCGCGGCGCCCUUCUCAUCCCAGCCCAUGGUUGUGGCGCCCUGAGCCCCCCGGGCCGGGCUGACGACGAAAACCGAGACGGCGCCCAGGCCCCCUGCCGCGGCGUCCCCGCGGCCCCAGCCCAGGAUUCGGAGAAGAUCCUGCCCGCUCUUCCAUCAUUCACACAUAGUCCACAGGCCACGGCCAGCCAGAAGGACCCGGCAGAACCUAACCUGGGCCCUGGCCGCGUUCCUGGACAUACUGCCCGCACACCUCUUCUCACCUGGGGCCACGACAGCCGAGAGCUGCAGCACAGAGGAAUCUUCGAAGGAAGUCUGUGCUUCCCUCAUGGUCGCUGAGCCAGCCCCCAGCAGCUCCAGGCCCGUGUCCUCCAGCUUUGCAGCCCAGGGGUCAGAAGGGAGAAGAUGAGCGUGGGCUGCCCAGAGCCCGAGCCGCCCCACUCCCUGCCUUGCUGUGGGCCAGGGACCGCCCCUGGGCUGGGUGCAGGUGUGCCCCUCCUCACUGAAGACAUGCAAGCGCUGACCCUCCGCACACUGGCCGCAAGCGACGUCACCAAGCACUACGAACUCGUCCGGGAGCUGGGCAAGGGCACCUAUGGGAAGGUUGACCUGGUAGCCUACAAGGGCACAGGCACAAAGAUGGCACUGAAGUUUGUGAACAAGAGCAAAACUAAGCUGAAGAACUUCCUGCGGGAGGUGAGCACCACCAACAGCCUCUCCUCCAGCCCCUUCAUUAUCAAGGUCUUCGACGUAGUGUUUGAGACCGAGGACUGCUACGUCUUUGCUCAGGAGUACGCGCCCGCUGGGGACCUGUUUGACAUCAUUCCUCCUCAGGUGGGGCUCCCCGAGGACACGGUGAAGCGCUGCGUGCAGCAGCUGGGCCUGGCGCUGGACUUCAUGCACGGCCGGCAGCUGGUGCACCGCGACAUCAAGCCCGAGAACGUGCUGCUGUUCGACCGCGAGUGCCGCCGCGUGAAGCUGGCCGACUUCGGCAUGACGCGCCGCGUGGGCUGCCGCGUGAAGCGGGUCAGCGGCACCAUCCCGUACACGGCGCCCGAGGUGUGCCAGGCGGGCCGCGCCGACGGCUUCGCGGUGGACACGGGCGUGGACGUGUGGGCCUUCGGGGUGCUCAUCUUCUGCGUGCUCACCGGCAACUUCCCGUGGGAGGCGGCCUCGGGCGCCGACGCCUUCUUUGAGGAGUUCGUGCGCUGGCAGCGGGGCCGCCUGCCGGGGCUGCCGUCGCAGUGGCGCCGCUUCACCGAGCCGGCGCUGCGCAUGUUCCAGCGGCUCCUGGCCCUGGAGCCCGAGCGCCGCGGGCCGGCCAAGGAAGUCUUCCGCUUCCUCAAGCACGAGCUCACGUCCGAGCUGCGGCGCCGGCCCUCGCACCGCGCGCGCAAGCCCGCCGGGGACCGCCCGCCGGCCGCCGGGCCGCUGCGCCUCGAGGCGCCCGGGCCGCUCAAGCGGACGGUGCUGACCGAGAGCGGCAGCGGCUCCCGGCCCGCGGCCCCCGCCGUCGGGCCCGCGCCUGGACCCACGCCCGUCCCCGUGCCGGUCCCCGUGCCCGAGCCCGGCCUGGCUCCCCCGGGGCCCCCCGGCAGGACCGACGGCCGCCCAGACAAGAGCAAAGGGCAGGUGGUGCUGGCCACGGCCAUCGAGAUCUGCGUCUGAGCCGCCCCCGCCG